GGGCGGGCCUCAGACACACUAUGCGGGUUGCGGGGCCUGGGGGCCGGACGGCUGUUUCCUGUCCUGGUGCAUGGUGGUCGGACGAAGGAAUUGUUGGAAAAUUUUCUCGGAGGUAGAAGAUGUUGUUAGCCCAAAUAAAUCGAGAUUCUCAGGGAAUGACAGAGUUUCCUGGAGGAGGGAUGGAGGCUCAGCAUGUUACCCUGUGCUUGACAGAGGCAGUCACAGUGGCAGAUGGUGACAACUUAGAAAAUAUGGAAGGCGUAAGCUUGCAAGCAGUAACACUUGCAGAUGGUUCUACUGCUUACAUACAACACAAUUCUAAAGAUGGAAAACUCAUAGAUGGCCAGGUCAUUCAGUUGGAAGAUGGUUCUGCUGCCUAUGUUCAACAUGUACCCAUACCUAAAAGUACAGGGGACAGUUUGCGUCUAGAGGAUGGUCAAGCAGUGCAGUUAGAAGAUGGUACCACAGCAUUUAUUCACCACACCUCCAAAGAUAGUUAUGACCAGAGUGCAUUACAGGCGGUUCAGCUGGAAGAUGGCACCACAGCUUAUAUCCACCACGCAGUGCAAGUCCCGCAGUCUGACACCAUCUUGGCAAUUCAGGCUGAUGGGACAGUGGCAGGUCUGCACACUGGGGAUGCCACAAUUGACCCCGACACCAUCAGUGCUUUGGAACAGUAUGCAGCAAAGGUGUCCAUUGAUGGAAGUGAAAGUGUAACAGGUACUGGAAUGAUUGGAGAAAAUGAGCAAGAGAAAAAAAUGCAGAUUGUUUUACAAGGACAUGCUGCAAGAGUAACUGCUAAAUCUCAGCAGAGUGGAGAGAAGGCAUUUCGAUGUGAAUAUGAUGGAUGUGGAAAAUUAUAUACAACAGCUCAUCAUCUCAAGGUCCAUGAGAGGUCACACACAGGAGAUCGGCCUUAUCAGUGUGAGCAUGCAGGCUGUGGGAAGGCAUUUGCAACAGGUUAUGGAUUAAAAAGUCACGUCAGAACUCAUACAGGAGAAAAGCCAUAUCGGUGUUCAGAAGAUAAUUGUACUAAAUCUUUCAAAACUUCAGGAGAUCUACAGAAACACAUCAGAACUCAUACAGGAGAAAGGCCCUUUAAGUGUCCCUUCGAAGGCUGCGGUCGGUCCUUUACAACAUCAAAUAUCAGAAAAGUGCAUGUUAGGACACACACAGGAGAAAGACCUUAUUACUGCACAGAGCCAGGAUGUGGGAGGGCAUUUGCCAGUGCAACAAAUUAUAAAAACCACGUGAGGAUACACACAGGGGAAAAGCCAUAUGUUUGUACAGUUCCUGGGUGUGACAAAAGGUUUACAGAAUAUUCCAGUUUGUACAAACAUCAUGUUGUCCACACUCAUUCCAAACCUUACAACUGUAACCACUGUGGGAAGACAUACAAGCAGAUCUCCACGCUGGCCAUGCACAAACGGACAGCCCACAACGAUACUGAGCCCAUCGAGGAGGAGCAGGAAGCCUUCUUUGAGCCACCCCCAGGUCAAGGUGAAGAUGUUCUUAAGGGGUCCCAGAUUACAUAUGUAACAGGUGUAGAAGGGGACGACGUCGUUUCUACACAAGUAGCCACAGUAACCCAAUCUGGGCUGAGUCAACAAGUUACACUCAUAUCCCAAGAUGGAACUCAGCAUGUCAACAUAUCUCAAGCUGACAUGCAGGCCAUUGGCAACACCAUCACAAUGGUAACACAGGAUGGCACGCCCAUCACAGUUCCCGCCCAUGAUGCAGUCAUCUCGUCAGCAGGAACACAUUCUGUUGCUAUGGUUACUGCUGAGGGUACGGAAGGGCAACAGGUUGCAAUUGUAGCUCAAGACUUGGCAGCCUUCCAUACUGCCUCAUCAGAAAUGGGGCACCAGCAGCAUAGCCAUCACUUAGUAACCACAGAAACCAGACCUCUGACCUUAGUAGCAACAUCCAAUGGCACCCAGAUUGCAGUUCAGCUUGGAGAACAGCCAUCUCUGGAAGAAGCCAUCAGAAUAGCAUCUAGAAUCCAACAAGGAGAAACACCAGGGUUGGAUGAUUAAUCCUCAGAACAAUGGAGCAAUAAAGCAAGGAGUCUUUCAUCUUCUGGCAGCAGAAAUCCAUGAAGCCUGGGCCCAGGAAAAUUAGAAGUUUUCCAUUCCUGAUACACUGUACACAUUUUUAUGCGAGAGUGGAGAACAUUUUAUUCUUGACACUUUUGUGUGUAUAACCCUUGGAAUAGAUUCUCAGAGUGAUUCAUUGUGUACAAGGAAGUAUGAAAUUAGGGCAAUACAGUAAAUUUUCAUGUUACUCUUUUAUCAGAUCACAAACUCCUAGAGUCUACAUGCAAGACUAGUAGAGUCUUAUGGAGUCUUAUGAUGGAUUUUUAACUUCCCAUGGAAAAAAAAAUAAAGGCUGUAUCUAAAAUAUCAAAGGUUCUAUAUGUCACACAAUCGUAAUUCCAAAAGCCAUUAUGGAUAAUAAAGGAUGUAAAGCCUUCAGAUAUUUCCCCAGUUAGUAGAGUGUCUGCGGUUUUUGUUCUACUAUAUGUUUGUCCAUUUUUAUUUGUAUCUCAUGGUUUGCAGACUAUUUGAAUAAUUUAUAGUUUCCCAUCCCUGUUAAAAACCAGCUCUUCAAGCUGAAAUGCUAAUUAUAUUGGCAUUACGUUGAAUUAUGUACAAAAUUAUAAAAUUUAUUUAAAAUUAAAAAGUUAAAUCUA